AGGAUGCGGCUCCCAAGCGCAGAGAGGUGCGGGGCAGCAGAGGGAAGUCACGGGCACAGGCAUUCGGGGCAUUACGUUACCAAAAGUACAUCUUGGAAUUUAGCAGCCCCGCACUUCAACUAUGUUGUCCAGAUCUUUUGGAAAUCCUCCACCUUAUCGAUCAGAACUCAAACUUUCUAGUUGUCCACAAAAUAACAAUACAUGUGAUGAGGAACGGUGCUGUCAACCAGAGUAUACCUGCUGUCCAGAAAAUGAAUUCCAACAUUUCUACAAAUGUACCUCGCCCCCAGGAAUAAUCAAGAUUAUGUCAUUUAUCAUUAUAAUCAUGUGCAUAGGCCUUUUUGUUGCUGUUGCUUGCACAUUGUCUUGGGAUCUCAACUUUUAUGGAAGUUCUUCUAUGACAUCUGGUAUAGGAUUUCCUGGAUAUUUAGGAAGUGGUUUUGGAAGCAGCUAUGGUUAUGGAAGCUCAUCUACUAGAGGAGGUUACAUGGAUCAAUGGGCUGCUAAAGUUUUUAUACUUAUAGUGGCAGCUUUUUGCUUUAUUAUUGCAGUGGCAAUUUUUAUAUUAAGUCUUGUUAAUCCAUGUAUGUGCCGAACAGGAAGAUAUUAUAUAUGUUUAAUAAUUGUUAGUUGCAUUCUAGGUUUCUUAUUAUUAAUUUCUGGCAUAGUAUAUAUAUUAGCAGUAAGCCCAUAUAUCACAGCUUCUGGAUCAGUGUUCUACACUCAGAUUUGUGCUCUGUGCAUUGAGUAUUUUUCAUCUACAAAUUCAGGAAUCUAUGUCUACCUGUACUGGUAUCAUUACUGUAUUUUGGAUAUCGAAGAGAUUAUUUCCAUUGUGUUGGUGUGCUUGAUUAUUUUGGGUCUUAUCGCAAUCAUCAUCUUGGCUCUAAUAACUCGAAAUAGGAUACACUGUUGUGGUAAAAGGAACAUCAUGUGGUAUAGAAGACAGGUUUGUGAACCAGCACCUAAGAUACAAGAAUGGCCAAAAAACACAAAAACAGGAUGUUCAGAAAUAGUGCCAGUAUUGGACUGCCAAGAUCAACUUCCUACUUCUAUGACACAUCCAGUUUAUUCAAAAGCUAAUGAAUGCAAAGGUUAUACAGACAAUACUUAUAAAUAUUCACAGGAUCAUUUUGAACUAAUAAAGGAUGUUAAACCAUCGGAUUAUUUUAGUAAAACCACUUACAUUGGAUCAACCAAACGGCUAUCACAAAAGAUAAGGGCAGAAAGACCCAACAUUGAUAACUAUGAUAUGGAUUAUACUACUGCUGGGGAGUCUUGUGAUGAACUAGACAUCAAGGAGGAAUGGGACCGGGAAUACCCACCAGUUACAUCAGAUGAACAAAGGCAAGCAUACAAGAGAGACUUUGAUGCUGAACUGCAGGAAUACAGGGGUUUACAAGCUGAACUUGAAGAAAUCAAAGAAGAACUCCGUUACUUGGAUAAAGAAUUGGAUGAGUACAAUGAGGACACUGAGGAAUAUAAGGCUGCUGCUGAUGAAUAUAAUAGACUAAAAGAUAUAAAAGCAUCAGCGGACUAUACAAAUAAAAAAGCACAGUUCAAGAAGCUAAAGAAUAAACUAUCGCAUAUCAAGAAGAUGGUCAACGACUAUGACAACCAGAAACCAUAGAGGAGAGAAGCAAGAAACUGAUCAGAGUCUCUUGACUAGAUCCAGUGUUGGAAGUAAAGUGAUGUUAGAUUGCCACUGAGAAGCAAAACCCUUAUCUCCUUGAUUAAAUAAGAAACAGCAUUUACCUCAAAUUUCAGCUGAGGUGCAGUGAAAAGACUGAUAUUUUGUAGAUUGUUCAGUAUGGCCUCCAAACAAGGGGCUUGCUCCAUUAGAAACAGUGUCGGAACCAAAGUUUAACUGUUGAAUUUACUUUUAAGUCACAGACCUAUUUCCCUUCCACCUCUGAACUGGAGUUGAGGAUUUAAACAUGAUGAUACUUGUCAGUGCGGUGACUCUAUCCUUGCUUUUGACAAGCUAUAAUCCACCCUCAUUUUAAAAAGCAGUUUACUAAUAAGAAUGCUUAUCUUUUGGCCCCUUAUUCCAACAAGGCCUUUUUACACCACUAUUUUGGUAUAUUCUGAAACAUAAAAAAUGAAUACCUGGCUUUCAAAAUAUUUAUGCAGUGGUGCAACAGGUUUCUGUAACCAGUCAAUUCACAGUGCCAUUUAUGAUUCAUUUAGGUCUGUACACAAACUACAUAAAUACUUUUCUUAAUGGAGUCAAUACUGCCUGUCUAAUAUAAUGUGUAAAUAAUGAAAAUACAUGAAAUCAUACAUCAAUAUAUUUAAUUUUUUUUAAAACAAUCCACAUUUCUAUUUUAGAUUAAGCCAUUUUAAUAUAUAGGUAUAUGUUUUAGAGUAACCAGUCACUUGUCUUAUGGCUUUUGUAUGUUUUGUACUGUUUGCUUAUGUACAAAAUCUGGAUGCAUGAGAGCUUUACUAAAUAUGUUUAAAAGAGAAGUCAGUAUGUUGUCUGAGGCAGUUAACUCUAAGCAGAUAGAAAAUGCUUAUAACCAAUGUAAUAAAACAAGCUGAUGUUGGGCUAAAAUUAAGUGGAAUUCAAUAUGUUUAAAUUUUGAAAGAGGAAGAGUCAGACUUUGCAAUAUGCUAUAUUACUAAUACUAUAUUAUUAAUAUGUUACAUUAUAUUAUAUUAUAACACUAUUUUAACAGGAAAAUGAAUUCUUACAGGAAACUCCAGAACCAGUUCCCUCCCCCUCACACACAUGCGCACACACACUGUUAAAGAAUUUUCUUAGAAAGUCAUGCCCUUAUAUUUUGAAUGUAAUUCUUUGUUUCUGUAAUAUAUAAGAUUUACUUAAAGGAACUUUUCUCAUUAUAAUGCCUCUGGAAAGACUGCAAGCAAGCAAGAACUAAUUUAACUUUUAGAUUCUCAUAAUCAGAUGCAAGUGCAUGCUAGUAAUGUUACAAGUGUGUACAAAUUUUAAAUACUGGCAGUAAAUCUCUUCAUUCUGUGGCUAAUCAUG